GCCCGAUGCGUGCUGCGCACCUUGGACGUUUUCUUACAUCAGCCUUUUGGCUUCCUUUCUCUCACGCAUCAGUAUCACCGACCAAAUUCCUCAAACCCCCUUCUCAUUCUCUGCCAUCCUUUCGCGCACAAACCCUAUCUCUAGCCUCCUCCAUGGCUUCCGAGAACUUCUCUACGGCUACUGCCGAUGACUCCAAGCACGGGUUCAGCCGGCCGGAGAUGUACAAGGAGAAUCUCUCCGGCACUGUCGACGCAUAUGACCGUCACGUGUUCGUCUGCUACAAGAACCACGAGGUUUGGCCUCCGCGCGUUGAGGCAUCGGACUCGGAUCCACUCCCGAAGCUUCUGGCAACAACUGUUAAAUCCCGCAAGAAUGAUAUCACCAUAAAGACUAAAAUUACCAUAUGCGAGGCACGAGAGGAGGCUGGCUUCUUGGAUGGCGACGUGUUGAUUUUCCCGGAAAUGAUCAAAUAUAGGGGUUUGACGGAGUCAAAUAUCGAUAGCUUUGUUGAAGAUGUUAUGGUGAAUGGUAAACCAUGGUCUGCUGGAGUGCAAGAUGAGAUCGCUGGUUCAUAUGUUUUCGUUUGCGCUCAUGCAAGUCGUGAUGUUAGAUGUGGUGUUUGUGGACCAGUUCUCAUUGAGAAGUUUAACGAAGAAAUUGAGCUUCGAGGUUUGAAGGAUCAGGUAUUUGUUUGGGCCUGCUCUCAUGUAGGUGGGCAUAAGUAUGCUGGCAAUGUAAUCAUAUGCAGUCCGGGGUCAGAUGGAAAAAUUAUGGGUCACUGGUACGGUUAUGCUACUCCUAAUGACGUGCCCGAGUUUCUGGAUACUCAUAUUGCAAAAGGAGAAGUCAUACAACGCCUUUGGAGGGGCCAAAUGGGGCCAUCUGUUGAGGAAGUUAAGGGAACAGAUGAUCAUAAAGUUCCUAAUGGAGAGCUUACUGACAAGGGCAAGAACGAAAAUGUGGGUGGUUGUUGCCAGGGUGCUAAUGGGGUUUCUUGUUGCAUGAAUCCUCCAAGUUCUGAGAAAAACAAAGCGAUUAAAGAAACCACCGAACAAGCGCAUCAUAAGCGGGGGCACAAAUCCAGUGGGAGCUGGCCCCUAUUUGAAGAGCGUAAUGUACGUAUUGCUGUUGGUGUUUUUGGAAUUCUUGCAGCAGCUACAGUGGCUUACAAAAUUUAUAGAAGGUCAGGCUAAAACGCGCUCUAAAUCAUGCGUGUUAUGCCUGGGGGUUGGUUACCCUCUUUCUUUUGUAGAGACUACAGAUGUUCGGUGAAUGGAGGAAUAAUCAUGAGAACCGUUUCUUUGUACGAUCUUCUUCCGUUUGUUGGUUGAAAGCAUUGUAGAAGUAUACCUACAGUUCGCUGUUGAAAACACUACAUGUCCUUUGUUAACAGGAGCACAACAAUUUGUUCUUGCUGUUUA